UUUUUUUAUUACCGAAAAAUCACGAUUGUCGUAGAGAUGGCUCGCCAUUUCGUCCGUUCGUUUGUUAUUGCUGCGGCGCUCAGCCCAUUCGUUCAUGCUGGGCCAUGCCGCCCCGCUUCAAGCUCUGUAGCCGUCGUGUCGACUACUGCUGAGACGAGUGUCGCGACGGGUUCUGCUACGACUCACACCAAAGAGUCGAGUUUGACUGAAUCUUUGUCUGGUACCUCAACCGAGACCUCUGUCACCAUUAGUGAAAGUGGCUCAAGCACUGGCACUUCCACCGAGACCACUCUCGCUACCAGCAAGACUGAGUCUGGUUCCACCACUGCCGAGCAGUCUACCACGUCAGGUUCUGCUCUCUCAACUGACGUUACCACCUCUGCCAGUGAGAGCGAGUCAUCCACCGGCACCACUCUCGCUACCAGCAAGACUGAGUCUGGUUCCACCACUGCCGAGCAGUCUACCACGUCGGGUUCUGCUCUCUCAACUGACGUUACCACCUCUGCCAGUGAGAGCGAGUCAUCCACCGGCACCACCCUCGCUGCCACUACCUCAACUGAGUGUCCAGAGCCAGAGCCUCCUGUCUAUGAUGACCCCUUUACUCACACUGACACUGAGGUGGCUCCCGCGACUACAUCUGAGGCAGCUACCACCACUGAAGGUGCUACGGUGACCAUCGUUCCCAGAAACUUCAUUCGACGAGGUCACCCAGAGAUCUUUGUCAGGGAUGCCACCAGCGAAGCCGUUCCUGUCAAUGGGGAAGAUCCUACCACUACUACUGCAGAGGCUACAUCUACUACCGAGGAUGCUACUACUACGACUGGAGAAGCAACCACUUCUGGGGAAGACACAACUACUGGCGAGACAACUGCCACUUCUGAAGACACCACUGCUACGACCGAAGCUCCCACCACCACAACAGAAGAGGCUACCACUACUGCUUCCGAGACUGCUACCGGUUGCAUUAACAACAUGGAGAGACCAACACCCGAGGGUGCCGUCUGCGGAACGAGGGGUUCUAUCCAACGCGUCUCCGAUGAUUGGAGAUACUUGGGCGAAGGCGUAUCUUCCUCUCUUAUGGAGUGUUACGCAUCUUGCCAGGGGAAAAGUAACUGCGUGACAUUCUUUUACGAGAAGAACGCACAGUGCACUCUUUAUAUGGGUACUAUCACUCAGCUCAUGCCAGACCCUAAUGGUUCCAAGAGUUAUCAGACGAGCUGCUUCUGCGACACCGGCAUUGACCCAGCUCCGACCUGCUCGUAUGCUGACCCUUUCAGCAACGGUGGUUUCGAGGACGGCACAUUGUCUCCAUGGGUAGAGGAUCCUAACCCUGGUGGCUAUGACCCCGUGUACUCCAAAGUCGUUCGUGGCGGCGAGAGCGGUUCGUAUCACUUCCAAACCGGUCAGUUUGAUUACGACAAGAGCCUCUGGUUGUAUCAAGACAUCGAGGCCUGCGGUGGUACCACAUUCACCUGCUCCUACGCCUGGUGGUGGAAUGAGUACUACGCCAUCCGACAGAGGAAUGGCAAUUAUUUGAUUCCGUAUGUUCGCGUUUAUCAAGGUGACACCAACGUGGUUGGGAACAGAUGGCCUGAAAAUGAAUCCGAGACGAAAACGUGGAUGCCCGCGGAGUUUACUUUCACCAUGCCAAGUAGUGGCAAAACGAGGAUUUGGUUUGUUGCUAGCAGUCCUCAGGGUGAAUGGAUCAACAAUAGCGAUGACCCUUGUACACCUGACUGGGUUCACCGACCUAACUGGUUCGCGCUGGACUCGAUAGCUUGCCGCGCCUGGUAGACAACAGCUAGAUUCUCUUGCGUUUAGGCAUGCUACUUUAGAAAUUCUUUGUAAACAUAUUUAAUACUAGUAUAUUCCCUCGUUUAUCUUUACGCCCGCCACCCAGGUAUGAUACUUGAGCUCUCUUUGGACUAAGCUCAUACUUCUUAUAC